AUCAUAAAGAUAUUUGGUAUACUUUAGUGUUAUACAAUGUCAGUUAUGUGCAAAUCGUUCUUAUUCUCAUUAUUCAUUUUAUCAAUAUUCAUUACAAAAGAAACUACAUGCAUUCUAGGUUUAAAAUGUUCAGAAAAAGGUGCAAAAUGUACAAAAACUUUAUUUGAUCGAUGUUGUCGUAAUCUUGUAUGUGAACUUGAUGGACCAUUCAAUGGAAAAUGUGUAGAUUGUUUAAGUUUGGACUCAGCCUGUAUAAAAGAUAGUGAAUGUUGUAGUAAAAGAUGUUAUUUGUUUUCUUGUAAACCACCUCAUGAAUAAAUCUACAUUUAUAUAUUCCCCCUUUUAAUCUGUUUGAAUUGAUGAGGUGAUGUGUCGUCUUUUUUUUGAAGUCAAAGAAGUAUUCACUUCUAUUCAGUUGUUAUUCUAAAAGGGGUCUGUUGUCAACAUCUUUUCUGAAUAUUUAAAAUUACACUCUAAUUCUCAU